AGAUCGUGCAUAAAGUCGCUCCAAAUUCUCACUGCUAAAUAAUUCUUCUAAACCUUGAAAAUGUUGCAAAAGCUUGCAGAUUUCUGGACUUAUAAAGAUUGGGAAGUUCUACAAAACAAAGAAAAGAGACCAAUAUUUGGUCCGUUACGAAAAGUCCAAGAUUCCUCUUCAGACAAACCAACACCGGUAGAAUGGCUGAAAGGGACCAAUAAACAUCAAGAUUCAGUUAGAUUCGCCGGUGGGUCGGGAGAGCCUGUGAAUGGCAUCCGCAAAGUUUUGAAUGCUGAUUUCAAGAAAAUUCCCAAUACUUCUAAUGGUCAACAAUCAAAUAUUAACGAGACAAGUGACAAUGUUGCACCAGGAUUCUUCAAUAUACAAAAUUGGAGAGAAACUUUUGAAAGGAAAAUGCAGAUACCAAUGUAUACUGGCUGCUGUACCUCAUACACCGACUAUUCAGACCAUCUUGCUUCUCACUGCAAGGAUGUCUCCCUCGAGGACGACCUAUCAAAUCAAGAGGAACUAUACUGGAAUGAAGAUUCAUAUUACCGGUCUGCACAGGAAAUCAGAGAACAUAACAGGAAGUCCGAUAUAUCGAAGCUGAAUCUCGCUUCCGGAAUAGAUAGCGAUAUAGCAGAUAUUGCUGCUCAGCUGAUGCAAGGAGAUUCUGUUCUUGAUGUUGUAGACAAAAUGGCUGCCAAAGACGACUGGAAAAGCAAAAUCAGUUUUAGUAAAACUGAUUUUCAAAGUCAGCCUGCCAAAACAAGAACAUUGAAAUUAAACGACUGCUCUGAGGUUGUCGUCAACCUAAUCGAGAAGACCCAUCCGAUGCUUCACAAGAAACCGAUUUCCAACACCAAGACGCCAUGUCAUACGCCAUUUUUACCAGUUCAUCGACAGAACACCUUUAACCAGAUUCCGAUUUCUACCAACUCGCUAUUUCAAAGGUCAAAUGCCAAACUGAACUUCUUGUCAACAAAACAGAAAGCAGAUCCAUCCACUCCACUUGUUCGAUCUAAAUCAGACUGUGAGGUGAAUUUCAGCAACAUCUGGGACAGUAUGCAUCAGCGUUUUGUCGUUUGCUCUGCUUAUGAAAAUAGAAGACUAACAAGGGAAAUACCAGUAUUUACCUCCAUGCCAUUGUCAUCUGUACCAACAUCGGUAGUAACUGAAAAUCGCAAAAGAAAGGCUUCAACAACAUGCACUAACCAACCAACUGCAAAACGUCAGAAUGGCGGAAAUAAAAAAUCUCAAGCGGCAUCUCGACUGAAGCAGGCUGCAUCAACAUCAUGUAAUGACCUUUUUGCUACACCACUAUUUAUUCCAUCCAAGCAUAACCAGACCGUUUCUUUUCCACCUUCACAGAAAUUAUCAGUGGUAUACAGACAACAAUAAGGACAAUUGUGACAAUUGAAAGCUCAACUGUGAUAAAUUAAUGACAAUACGGGUAGUUUUAUAAGAUUUUAUUUGUAUUUUUUACUUUUUUAUAAUAUCAUGAAUAUUUCACAAGGCUUUAUGAUAGAUUCAAAAUGAAUUUUAGAUAAAGGUAAGUAUACAAAAGUCAAACUCAUUGAUCAUGAUGCAAAUUCAUUCUAAAGCCUUUAUUUAUUUUUAAUUUGGCUCCAAACUUCAUACAUUAUACUUUAUUUUUGUGUAUAUGCAUGCGUGUAUGAUUGCGCGAUUGUAUGCUUGCUUGUGCGAGUAUGAUUGUGUGGGCGUGUGUGUGAGGUUGUGGGAUGUCUAUGUGUGUGCGGCUGUAUGGUUGUUGGCUAUGAAGUUAUAUAUGUUAGAUGCGUGUGUGUGGGUGUUUGCAUGUAUAUGCACUUGAAUAAUUCAUGAAUGAUUGUAAAUAUGAAUCUUGUUUGUAUGAUUGUUUUUAUGAAUCUUAUUUGUAUGAUUGUUUUUAUGAAUCUUGUUUGUGUGAUUGUUUUUAUGAAUCUUGUUUGUAUGAUUGUUUUUAUGAAUCUUGUUUGUAUGAUUGUUUUUUUACUUUGAGGGUCUGGAUGGGGUAGUUAUUUCUGUUUUUUUUCAUGCAAUUUUUCUGUACUUUUUAUCCUGUCUAUUAUCUAUUCGUAUUAAUUCAAAUCAUAUCUUUAUUUUGUUUGUCUAUUUUUCUCUUUUCUUUAUAUUUCUUGGAAUUAGUUCUGGACCUAUUUGCUAAUUAAUCUCUAUUCUAUAAACCACCACCAGACCCUCG